CAAAUUCUCAAACUUCAUCUGCACCACGCGCACAACGAUGCUCUAUAUUUUUAAUUUCCGGCGUGUGGUUCCCACCGCCACCCACCCACGCGCCGGCCACCUCACGUUUUCGGUCGCCUAUACGACCUAGCUAAUGCCUGCUUCCUGCCUGCUCCAUUUUCAUUGUAUUCAACAAUAUAAAAAAACUAUCUUUUAUCUUCUCUUAGAAGGUUAGAAGCGGCAGAAUUGAGAGAAAGAGAGGACCGCCGGCGAGGGAAGACCGGAAGGAGAGAAAGAACAGGUCUUUUCCUCUCUUUUUCUCCUCCUACCCCCCAAAUAUCGCUGAAACAUUGAUCUCCUCGGAGACUGCCGCUGCAGUUGCUGAUUUGUUCCAUGGCUGCUUCGUCGACGACUGCCUUCACGGCUUCCCUCGCGUGUGCGAGGCCUGAUUCCUUAAUCUUUCUUAGGAGAUCGGCCGGAGGCUUCGGGAUCCGUAGCAUCGCGAUGCCGCUGAGGAGCCGGAGAUUAUGGAGAGGCCGGAUCAGGAGCGAGGCGGCCACGGAUAUUGGUGUGAAGAGCGCAUCCAACUCUAGGGCUUCCAGUAUCUCCGCGCUCGAGCAGUUCAAGGCCCUCGGCAGUGACCGAUAUAUGAAGGAAAGGAGUAGCAUUGCUGUUAUAGGACUUAGCGUUCAUACAGCGCCGGUGGAGAUGCGAGAAAAGCUUGCUGUUCCUGAGGCUCUGUGGUCUCGUGCAAUUGGAGAGCUAUGCAACCUGAACCAUAUAGAGGAAGCUGCUGUUCUUAGCACCUGCAACCGGAUGGAGAUUUAUGUGGUUGCUCUAUCUUGGCACCGUGGAAUCAGAGAAGUGAUGGAGUGGAUGUCAAAGACAAGUGGGAUUCCUGUUUCUGAGCUGAGAGAUCAUCUUUUUAUGCUUCGUGAUAGUGAUGCUACAAGGCAUCUCUUUGAAGUUGCAGCUGGGCUUGAUUCUCUUGUCUUAGGUGAAGGUCAGAUCCUUGCUCAGGUUAAGCAAGUUGUUAAGGUCGCGCAGUCAAGCGGUGGGCUCGGGAAGAACAUUGACAGGCUUUUCAAGGAUGCAAUCUCCACUGGGAAGAAAGUUCGCACGGAGACUAACAUUUCUUCUGGUGCAGUAUCUGUGAGCUCAGCUGCUGUGGAACUGGCUUUAAUGAAGCUUCCAGCCUCCUAUGCUCUAUCAGCCAGAAUGCUCCUGGUUGGUGCUGGCAAGAUGGGGAAGCUAGUAAUCAAACAUUUGGCUGCAAAAGGUUGCAAAAGUGUUGUAGUUGUUAAUCCUUCAAUAGCAAAAGUGGAUGCUAUUCGUGAGGAACUGGAAGAUAUUGAGAUAAUCUACAAACCUCUUACUGAAAUGCUCUCAUCUGCUGCAGAAGCUGACGUUGUGUUCACCAGCACUGCAUCUGAGACACCAUUAUUCUUGAAAGAGCACGUAGAAAACCUUCCACCUGUAAGCGAAAAUUUCGGUGGAUUCAGACUAUUUGUUGAUAUAUCUGUUCCCAGGAAUGUAGGAUCAUGUGUUUCUGAAGUCAAAACUGCACGCCUAUACAAUGUUGAUGAUCUUAAAGAGGUGGUGGAAGCCAACAAGGAAGACAGACUGAGGAAGGCAAUGGAAGCUCAAGCGAUAAUCACAAAAGAGUUGAAGAGUUUUGAGGCAUGGAGAGACUCAUUAGAGACUGUACCAACAAUAAAGAAGCUGAGGUCUUACGCCGAGCGAAUCAAAUCUGCGGAGCUGGAGAAAUGCAUACAGAAGAUGGGUGAUGAUGUUUUGACAAAGAAGGUGAGGAGAGCUGUAGAAGAUCUUGCCAGUGGCAUUGUGAACAAGCUUCUGCAUGGUCCACUGCAACACCUAAGAUGCGAUGGCAGCGACAGCAGAACUCUUGAUGAGACACUGGAGAACAUGCAUGCACUGAACAGAAUGUUCAGUCUUGAUACAGAGAAAGCAAUCUUGGAGCAAAAAAUCAAAGCGAAGGUGGAGAAAGUUCAGAGCUAAACAACUGAUGAAAGAAGCUGAUUUUUUUAUUCAGAAUUAGCUCCUCCUGUUGGAGCAGAUUCAUCUAUUGCUGUAUCAUAUAUACUGUAGUCAUUGGAUAAGAGUUGUUCUAUCUCCCAAGUUUUUUAGUUGAGUUGGCCCAAGUCUAUAGAGAAUGAUGAUCCACAGCAGGUGUUGAUCCAUUUGAUCAGGGGGAAGAAGAAUUGAGAAUACUAAUUUUUUCCAGUUUUUCCUGAUAUUAAGAAAAUGUCUCAUUCUCGACCUCCUGAACUGAGGUAGCAUAUCUUUUUUUAUGUCAAAUAAGUUGUUUGAAAACAGCUUUGUAUUAUCCAUUCAAAGUGCCAUUAAUGAGAUAAUUUGAUUCAUCCAA